AUCAGCUCGUCUGUCCUGUCUGUCUGUCACAUGUGUUUUCAAGCCGCAGCAUUUUUUGAUCCUGUUUGUUGAUACUGUGCUUUGAUGGAACAUGUGGUGCAAUCCUCGAUCCCAGCAAAGGAAAGCGCUCUUUUGGGAGUUGAGUCUUCAACCACAACGAAAGCGGAGGCUUUCACCAAAGCAUUCCUGAAAAAUAGCCUUCCCCAAAUGAAAGAUGCAGCCAUUGAGGAAAUGAUGUUGCGCAAGGCGGUAGUGCUGGAAUAUAAAAGACCGAAAAAGAAGGGAAAGAAAAGCAAGGCCAAGGGACUGAAUGCCAAAGAAAGAAGACAGCUGAAAAUAUUUCAGCUCAAACCUGAACAUCAAAAAUAUGAACUCUUCUUGCCUCUGCAUGAGCUAUGGAAACAGUACAUUGAGGAUCUGUGCAAUGGAUUGAAACCAGAAAGCAACCCACAGAUGAUCCAACAGAAGCUCUUGAAAGCUGAUUUCCACGGUGCUGUCUUAACAGUUGUCAGAUCAAAGUGCCCUUCGUAUGUGGGUCUAACUGGCAUCCUGGUACAGGAAAUGAAGCACAUCUUCAAAAUCAUUACAAAAGAGGACAAACUAAAAGUAAUACCGAAGAGGAACAGUGUGUUCAGUGUGGAGAUUGGUGAUUUCGUAACUCACAUCUAUGGCAGCAAGUUUGAACUGCGCUCCAGUGAGCGGUCAGCAAAGAAAUUCAAAGUAAAAGGAACUAUUGACUUGUAAUGGAAAGUCUAAAACAUUGUGCAAUCUUAAAUGUGAGCUGAUACUGGAGCCUGGGACACGCUCCAUCUCUCUAUCUCUCUCUCAACUGCCACUCCCUUUUAUUAUAUAAAACUCUUUGCUUAUGACCAAAUUUAGUCGACAAAAUUGUAAAAUGUCCCAUUACUUCUGUAAUAACAUGGAAUAACAAUAGAUCCACGAGUAUGUUUAAUUUAAGGUAUUUCAGUAAGUACUAAAAUGUUGAAGUUGUGUAAAAUGAGCAAAGUAUUUUUAGUUGAAUGAGCAGGAUCUCCAGUUUAAAGUGUAUACUGAGAGGAAUUGGUAUGAUUUUAAGUUAUUUGGUUCUGUUUCAGUGGUGUAUAUUUUGUAGUAUUUGCCCGAUAACAAAACAAGGAACUUGUUUUUUUUUUCCCCUCAAAACAAAACCUGAUUCUUGGAUACUAGGUCAUGUUGUUGUUCCUUUGUAAGUGACUUGUCAAUGCCUCUUCUGGUAAUGCCUGGGAAUCUCCACAUUCCUAGACAGAACUGGUUUUGCAAAUAAGUACAUAAGAGUGUUUUACUAACUGUAUUGGCCUAAGAGGAAAAUUAGAUUAUUUGGCAUUUGGUGCUUAUAAUAUAUUUUAGCAACAGGUUUGAGUAAAAGGAAGCUGUAACAUUGACUGCUUCUGUACCAAAGAACGACAACGAUGUCACCAUCCAUUGCAAAUACACAUGAAUUCUUUUCAGCGUUCUGAUGUGCAAUGUCCUUUAUGAGAAAAGAGGUUCUUUACACUUAAUUUCUUCUCUGUGGUCAAUGUGUAAUUAAAUAGGCUGUGCACUUCCUUUAAACCACAUUUUAGGUUUUUACAAGAAAUAAUAUGUAGCCUAUUAAUUGUCACAUAUACAAUUUCAGGUUUUAUGUAUUAAAUGGCUGUGCCGUGCUUCUACACUGUGUGCAAAAUUAUUAGGCAAGUUGUAUUUUUGAGGAUUAAUUUUAUUAUUGAACAAAUAAUGUGCUCUCAGUCAAUCCAAAACGUUAAUAAACCCUCAAUCCUGAAUAUUUAAGAAAGCAAAAGUGAGGUUUUGGCUUUCUUAGGAGAAUAUCUGUGUGCACAAUUAUUAGGCAACUCUUAGUGUGCAGAAUUAUUAUGCAGCAAAAUGAAAAUGUUCCCUUCUCACUUUUUUUUAAAAUAAACAACAGUUUAUUUUAAUCUGUUAAAGUGAGAAUUACAGAAACAAACAACUCAGUUUACAAAUAAACAUUUCUAACAUUAAAAAAAAAGAUCAGUGACCAAUAUAGCCACCCUUCUUUUCAAUAACAGUUACAAGCCUUCCAUUCAUGGAGUCUGCCAGUUUCUUGAUCUGUUGAUGAUCAACUUUUUGUGCAGCAGCCACCACAGCCUCCCAUAGACUGUUCAGAGAGGUGUACGGUUUUCCUUCACCGUAAAUCUCCCGUUUAAGAAGGGCCCACAAGUUCUCAAUAGGGUUUAAAUCAGGUGACGAAGGGGGCCAUGUCAUAAUUCUUUCAUCUUUAAGGCCUUUACUGGCUAGCCACGCAGUGGAGUACUUUGAUGCAUGCGAUGGAGCAUUGUCCUGCAUAAAAAUCAUGGACUUCUUGAAAGAUGCAGACUUUUUCUUGUACCACUGCUUGAAGAAAGUAUCUUCUAAAAACUGGCAGUAGGUUUGGGAGUUUAUUUUGAGUCCAUUUUCAACCCGAAAAGGUCCAACUAGCUCAUCUUUAAUAAUACCAGCCCAUACCAUUACCCCACCUCCACCUUGCUGUCGCCUGAGUCGAAGUGGAGCUCUGUGCCCAUCCAUCUGGUCCGUCUAGAGUCACUCUCAUCUCAUCAGUCCAUAAAACCUUUGAAAAAUCUGUCUUCAGAUAUUUCCUGGCCCAGUCUUGACGUUUCAACUUAUGUUUCUUGUUCAGUGGAGGUUGGAUUGCAGCCUUCCUUACCUUGGCCAUGUCUCUGAGCACUGACCACCUUGUACUUCUGGGCACUCCAGGUAGGUUGCAGUUCUGAAAUAUGAUCGCACUGGAGGAUAAUGGGUUCCUGGUCACUUCACGUUUGAUUCUUCUCAAAUCUUUGGAAGUUAAUUUGCGUUUUUUUUUUCUCAACACGUUUCUUGCGACUCUGUUGAGGUUUUGCUACAAAACGUUUGAUGGUUCUGUGAUCACGCCCCAAUAUCUUAGCAAUUUCUAGAGUACUGCAUCCCUCUGAAAGACUUUUUACAAUUUUUGACUUUUCUAAGUCAGUUAAAACCCUUUUUUGGCCCAUUUUGCCUGAGGAAAAGAAGCUGCCUAAUAAUUAUGCACACCUGAUAUAGGGUGUUUUUUCUCAUUAGGCCACACCCUCCCUCAUUACACAAAAACACAUCACCUGAAAUGCUUAAAUCCAAUAAGCAUUCAAGUUUAUACAG